GCGCGGCGCCGGAAGUGAGUGAGCAUUUCCGGUCGCCAUCCCCGCAGCGUUGACGUUUUGGUAGUGCCUGUGUCCCGGGGUCUUCCUGCCGAUAUGAAGGACGUACCGGGCUUCUUACAGCAGAGCCAGAGCUCCGGGCCCGGGCAGCCGGCUGUGUGGCAUCGUCUGGAGGAGCUCUACACGAAAAAGUUGUGGCAUCAGCUGACGCUUCAGGUGCUUGAUUUUGUGCAGGAUCCGUGCUUUGCUCAAGGAGAUGGUCUCAUUAAGCUUUAUGAAAACUUCAUCAGUGAAUUUGAACACAGGGUGAAUCCUUUGUCUCUGGUAGAAAUCAUUCUUCAUGUCGUUAGACAGAUGACUGAUCCUAAUGUGGCUCUUACUUUUCUGGAAAAGACUCGUGAGAAGGUGAAAAGUAGUGAUGAGGCAGUGAUUCUUUGUAAAACAGCAAUCGGAGCUCUAAAAUUAAACAUCGGGGACCUACAGGUUACAAAGGAAACAAUUGAAGAUGUUGAGGAGAUGCUCAACAACCUGCCCGGUGUGACAUCAGUUCACAGUCGUUUCUACGACCUCUCCAGUAAAUACUAUCAAACAAUCGGAAAUCACGCGUCCUACUACAAAGAUGCUCUGCGGUUUCUGGGCUGUGUUGACAUCAAGGAUCUACCAGUAUCUGAGCAGCAGGAGAGAGCGUUCACGCUGGGACUGGCAGGACUUCUUGGCGAGGGAGUUUUUAACUUCGGAGAACUCCUCAUGCACCCCGUGCUGGAGUCGCUGCGGAGCACUGACCGGCAGUGGCUGAUCGACACCCUCUAUGCCUUCAACAGUGGUAACGUGGAGAGAUUCCAGACUCUGAAGACGGCCUGGGGCCAGCAGCCUGAUUUAGCAGCCAACGAAGCCCAGCUCCUGAGGAAAAUUCAGUUGCUGUGCCUCAUGGAGAUGACUUUUACACGACCUGCCAAUCACAGACAACUCACCUUUGAAGAAAUUGCCAAAAGUGCUAAAAUCACAGUGAAUGAGGUGGAGCUGCUGGUGAUGAAGGCGCUCUCGGUGGGGCUGGUGAGAGGCAGUAUAGACGAGGUGGACAAGCGUGUUCACAUGACCUGGGUGCAGCCCCGCGUGUUGGAUCUACAACAGAUCAAGGGGAUGAAGGACCGCCUGGAGUUCUGGUGCACCGACGUGAAGAGCAUGGAGAUGCUGGUGGAGCACCAGGCCCAUGACAUCCUCACCUAGGCCCCGGCACCUGCCUGGGGAGGCGUUUCUGCGGCGCAUGGAACUGGCAGCUGAGAAGAUUUGCCUUGAGCUUGGGUGGGGGUUGGGGUCCUAUGUGGAGUAGAGACUGUUGUUGCUGUGAAAACCGGGAGAAGGCUCCUUCGUGGGUCUCUCCUGCAGGGCAGAGGGGUCCCCAGUCUCAAUUUGAUGAGGCAGGAAGUGGCCCUUCAGUCUGGAGGACACGCACCCCAAGGUUGAUCUCCAUCUGCAUCUACCUUUGUGAACAUCUUUUGCAAUGUGGCUCAAGAACGUUCCUAUAAUAAACACCUUUGUGUGGUUC